AUGGUCAUCGCCUCCGAUUCUACCUCGGCUAAUCGCCCCCCCAAAUACCCUGGCGAAGACACUACGCCGACUAGCCAACGGGAGAUCCGCGGAUGGUAUGCGUAUGGCAUUGCGGCCGAGGUCUUUGCGGUCUGUGGUGUGGGCUCAUUUUUACCCCUGACCCUGGAGCAAUUGGCUCGUGAACGAGGCACACUCCAGUCUAGCCAUCUGCCAUGCGUUGGCCCCGGAUCGCCCGCGGAAUCCACUAAUGGAACAGCACCCGCAUUUCGACGUGCAGAAGGGGAGGAACAAUGCGUGGUGGGGGUGCUAGGUUUGGAGAUCAAUACCGCCAGUUUCGCCAUGUACACAUUUUCGCUGGCGGUGUUGGUGCAGGCGUUGACGUUGAUCUCGUUCAGCGCUCUGGCGGAUUAUGAAAACAACCGAAAAACGCUCCUCGUCGCAUUCGGAUUGAUCGGAUCGGUGGCCAGCAUGCUUUUUAUUUUUGUCGCGCCGCCGGUUUUCGUGCUCGGGGCAUUGUUGGUCGUGGUCGGCGUGACGUGCUUGGGAUCAUCGUUUGUCGUGCUCAAUUCGUUCCUCCCGGUGUUGGUCGCCAAUGACCCAUCUAUUCAGGAAGAAUACAAGGAUCGUGGCGAGGAGCUUCCGCACUUGAACCCGAACGGAGAGUCGGUUGAUCCACCGCCGUAUGAGGAGGAUGAUUUCGAACAAGGGACACCCGACCUAGGAAAGAGGGCUCAGUCGACAUCGCCGGAAUUGCAGCUGUCUACGCGCAUCUCGUCUAAAGGCGUUGGACUAGGUUACUGUGCGGCGGUAUUUGUACAGAUUCUGAGUAUCCUACUGUUGGUUACGUUGAACAAAACGUCCGUGUCAAAGGUAUCUGGAACUCUUCCGACGAGAUUGGUGCUUCUGCUGGUAGGCAUCUGGUGGGGUUCGUUCACCUUGGUCAGUCGCCGAUGGCUUCGCAACCGGCCGGGGCCUCCGUUGGACGUGGCGGGAGGACAGAGCCGAUGGCGCGCCUGGCUGCGUCUAAUGGGCUUCGCAUGGCGAUCGUUGUGGAAGACCAUUAAAGUGGCCGUGCGCUUGCGCGAAGUCAUUGUGUUUCUGGUCGCAUGGUUCCUGUUGUCAGACGCGAUGGCGACUGUAUCAGGUACCGCGAUUCUGUUUGCACGGACGGAAUUGAAGAUGAGCACGACCUCUGUGGGUCUGCUGUCCAUCACGGCGACGCUGUCUGGCAUGGCAGGAGCGUUCCUAUGGCCGGUGAUCUCGCGACGGUUCCAGCUCAAAUCCAACCACACGAUCAUGCUGUGCAUUGGAUUGUUUGAGAUUAUCCCGCUGUACGGCAUGCUGGCAUAUAUUCCAUUCUUCAAGCGUUGGGGCGUGAUCGGCCUGCAGCAGCCUUGGGAGAUCUUCCCCUUGGCAUUUGUGCAUGGUGUGGUAUCAGGAGGUUUGUCUUCGUACUGCCGGUCAUUUUUCGGACUGUUGAUCCCGCCAGGCAGCGAGGCAGCGUUUUAUGCUUUAUACGCGGCUACUGACAAGGGCAGCUCGUUUAUCGGGCCCGCGAUUGUGGGAGUGCUCAUUGACGCGACUGGGCAGGUACGUUCGGGCUUCUUCUUCAUCGCGGUGUUGAUCCUAUGCCCGAUCCCAUUGGUUUGGAUGGUGAAUGCGGACAAGGGGCGACGAGAGGGGGUCGCCAUGGCAGAGACAUUAAACCAAGACCGCGGUGGCGCUGGUGACGAUGACGAGGAAGCUGAGGGGUUGUUGCGAAUGCAUCAUAGCGAUUCAUAG